AUGUCUCGUUACCAGAAGCAACAAACCUUGGGCGAAGGAACGUAUGGCGUCGUUUGUAAAGCUUACGACACUAAAGAAGGUAGAAACGUCGCAUUAAAGAAGAUCAAACAAGAGAGAGAGGAAGACGGGAUACCCGUCACAUCGGUACAUGAGAUCGCAGUACUACUGGAUCUAAAACACCCAAACAUCGUCAAUUUGUACGAUAUCUACUUGGAGGAUAAAUUUCUGUAUUUGGUCUUUGAAUACUGCGACCAGGACUUGUACCAAUUUAUUGCAAACAAAACACAGAAGUUGAACAUGAACGAGAUCCGACCUAUUGUCUACCAGAUAUUAGAAGGAUUGGCGUUUUGCCAUCACCACGAGAUCCUCCACCGAGACAUGAAGCCCCAAAAUAUAUUAAUUAACCAAAAUGGCUCGAUCAAAUUGGGAGACUUUGGAUUGGCAAGGCUAACCACUAUUAAUGAUAAAGCAUAUACACUUGAGGUGGUCACUUUGUGGUAUCGAGCGCCAGAGAUUUUAUUGGGGGCAUUGAAGUAUGACGGCUCUAUUGAUAUUUGGUCGACAGCAGCUAUCUUUGGAGAGUUAAUUAAACAAGAAGAAUUGUUUAAAGGGCGGUGUAAGAUCGACCAGUUGUUCAAAAUCUUUAGUCAACUUGGCACCCCGACAGAGGAGUCGUGGCCCGGAAUCUCAUCACUUCAAUACUACUUGAGAAGUUUCCCGAGCUUUAGACCAAAGGAGUUCACAAGCAUAUUUAGAGCAGAUAAAGACGCUGUCGACUUACUUCAGAAAAUGUUUGUGUAUAACCCCGCAAAGAGAAUUACAGCAGCUCAGGCACUCAAACACCCAUUUUUUAACGUGCUCAAUAAUCAAAUGUGA